UGAGAAAGAAAGAAAGAAAGAAACAGUGUAUUGUAUGGAAGCAGACUUGGCGUCAAGUCUUCUUCGUAAUUAAAUCCCAAUUCACAAAUUCUUCCUUUCAUUCCAAAUUCUUCCCAAUAAAAAAUUCCAUCACUUUCUAUACAUUUUGAUCGCAACAACUCUAUUUCUUUCCAACCGCCACAACCUCAUAGCUUCCAUUUUUUUUUAUUUCUCCAUUUUUUUUUUCUCACUUAAACGCUACCCAAUAAUUUUAUCACAAAAGGGUUUCUGUAGAUUUCUCUUCCCGUACAAUUUUCUUCUUAAUUUUGCCUCUGCCACGUGUACUUUUCUGGAUCAAAAAUUCAAAGGUGUUGCAGCUGAAUCAAUCACAAUGAAAAAACACGCGUUACUGAAACUGUUUUUGUUAUCACUGAUUAUGUUUCAUGGUUCUUCCGAUGCUUCCUUCGUUAGAAAAUUAGUUUCAACAACAAAGGAUUCUCCAGUGCCAAAAGAGAAGAAUUCAGAUCCAAAGAAAGAUGAGAAACCAAUUUCUACCAAUAAUAAUAACAAUGAUACUAAGAUUGCCCCAGUUCCAACACCACAAACUUUACCUAAAGUGGAGAAUAAGAAUGGUCAAAAUCAAAAGGAGAACAAUAAUAGUGCUAAUGUACCUCCUCCUGUUCAUGUUACUGCACCCCCUCCUGUUCAUGUUACUGCUACUGCACCUCCUCCUCCUGUUCCUUCAACUGCACCACCUCCUGUACCCAAAAAAACUGAAGAAAAGGGUAAAAAUGAGGGGAUUAAAUUUUCACAUUUGGCCACAAAUGACACUUGUAAAGGACUGAAUACUUGCACAGAUGAAGGGGACAUGUUUGCUUGCAUUUUCAAAACGGAUUCCAAACACUUCGUUGUUCUUCUUCAAAAUAGAGGGGAUGGAACCAUCAAAGUGAAGCUUCGCAGUGAUUUUGAAAAUAACCUCGGAGAUGUAGAAGUUGGCAAGAAUAAAACAGAACAGGUCACUAUCAAACGGAUUAGAAGUGAAAGUGAGCAACUGACUUUGAAUGCUGGAAAAGGGGAUUGUGUGCUUCACACGGUUACUCAAAAACCUGAAGAGAGGUUUUUUCUACGCCUUCCUUCCUUUGACAAGAUUUUAACGCCAGUAAAUGGCGCCUAUUUCCUCAUAUUGACAGUACUAGUCUUUGGAGUGACGUGGGCAUGCUGCAUGUUCAGGAAGAAACGGAAUGACGAGGUCCCAUAUCAAGAGCUCGAAAUGGCAUUGCCCGAGUCGGCUUUGGCUACCAAUGUGGAGUCAGCUGAAGGUUGGGACCAAGUAUGGGAUGACGAUUGGGAUGACAAUGUAUCAAGUAAAUCGCCAACCGUGCGUCAUGCAGGAAGCAUCUCAGCAAAUGGCCUUACUUCUAGAUCUUUAAACAAAGAUGGAUGGGAAGAUAAUUGGGAUGAUUAAUUAAGAAAAAGAAAAAGAAAUUAGGGAAAGAGAUAUUAACUUCAAAAAGGUAGUGGAUGAAAUGAUGGAAAAAGCAAACAUAGUUGGGGAGGGAUGUGACAAAUGUGGCUGUGCUAGGGCUUAACUUAAUGCAUGCCCUACAGCAAAGAAACAGCAUUAAAGAUGAGAAAAGUGUGAUAGUUUUGAAAGAUUGGAUUGUUAAUCUUGAACGUGUAAUAGUGAAUGCCCUGGCUCAAAAGAGAGACAAAGGAAACUGUGUAAAUGAAAUAUAGAAGGUAAAGUUUUUGUUUUUUUGGCUUUAUCAAAUCCAAUUACAUACUAUUUCUGUAACACAAAAGUUGUUAACUGCUUUUAUUUUUGUGAUGCCAUUAAACGUUAUGUUAGUAUCAAAUGAUAAUAUAAUUUUGUAGGAAA